AUGAUCCCCAGUGACACUCCUCCACUCGUUGAUAUUGCCAUUGGUGAUUGGCACCACGAAGCCAUCCAGGUUCGACAAGCGGCAUCUACUUUUCUGUAUAACUACGCGCUGUUGAAGAACAAGCAUAACCAUGACAUGGCAGAUGAUGCAGUGGUUUCAGUCCUUUGUUCUGCAAUGGAAAACUUGACAGAAGAGAAAGAUCCAACCACUUGUUUGUGGCAGCUUGUGUUGUGCGGGCGAUUGGUAUUCCCAGACCGAAUCAAUGUGAACGAAGUGGCAAAAGAGCUCAUACAAGAUCUAGGAUUCGUUGGUAUUUUGCAAGAGUUAACCACUGUUGAUCUGGAGGAGGGAACAACAACAUCCCAUGGGGACACCAUAAGAUGUAACCAACUUGCUUUGGAGCUGAUUGGCAAGUUUCAAGAUGAAACAAGAUAA